AUGGUUGAUAUGACCAAGCGAGAGCGCACGGAAUCCCUCGAUCAAGACGAGGAUGCGUCCACGCCCACCUCUAGAUCAUCUGAUUCGGUUGAAAGUGCGUCAGAUCUUCAAGACCCCUUCCCAAACGGGAGCAGCCUCCGCGAGCUCGACGCGAGCGAGGCCGCGCUAUCCGUCAACUCAAUCGACCCCGACGACGACUCGGGGAUUGAGCGGGAGUUGGAGCACCUCGGCGUGGACGACGACUUGAAGGCGUCGAUACGAACGAUGACGCCGAAUACGCAGCGCGAGGUGAUUAACGACAUCGUGCGCACACGACAGGUCUCCCCGUUGAUGCUUGGGGGGAUGGGCCCGGGUGAGGGUCUUUUUGAGCGGCGGCAGCCGUCCGGCCCGGAGGACCUCCGCGCGGGCCUCGCGACCGGGAUGAUCCGCAACGCGAUUGAGGUCUACGACAUGCUCGGCCCCAUUUUGACCCGUUUUGACGGGGCAAACGCGGGGGAGGGCCCCGAGGCGCCGCCGGAGGCCCCUGAUUUGGUCUGGGAUAGCCGCCAGAUGUCGAUGCUGCUGUCCCGGAUGCCGAUCUUCCAGGAGGUCCAGCAGCUGCUGACAAUGCAGCACAUGGGCCUCGAGCGGGAUAUCGACGACAUGAGUUACGAGGAGCUGCUCGCUCUUGAGGAGCGCAUCGGGAACGUCAGCAAAGGUGUGCGCUCAGAGAAGGAGAUGAGCGCGUGCAUGCGGCACCUGCCGAGGCCCCCUACCGAAGGGAGCUGCGCGAUCUGCUUAGAUGCGUUUAAGGAGGAGGAAGGGGAGUCAGAGGACCCGGCACCUUUGCACGGGAACCCCAGGCAAAGUGAUAGUGCAUUGAAGACAAAUGACGAUGGUGGCGGUGCCACACCGGUAGGGCCGCGGCAGUGCAUUCGCAUAAAAAACUGUGGGCACAUAUUUCAUCUAAAUUGCAUUAAGCAGUGGCUCCGUGUAGAAAAGCGAUGUCCAGUGUGCAAUCAAGAGGUUAUUCUCACCUCACCCGUGUCCUGA